GCGUUCAUGUUUAACCUGGAGCGGCCGUUCACGGAGCGGGGCCACUUGCUGCCCUCCAUGCAGUACCAGCGGCAGCUGGAGCACGACGAGGGCUUCCCGCCGCCCGGCGCCAACGGCACCUUCAACGGGAGCGGCGCCGGGCUGGACACGCCGUACCCGCUGCACACCACCGUGACGCUCAUCAGCCUCGCGGGCUUGCUCAUGCUCUUCACAGUGUUCGGCAACGUCCUCGUCAUCAUCGCUGUCUUCACCAGCCGGGCGCUCAAAGCCCCCCAGAACCUUUUCCUGGUCUCCUUGGCCUCGGCUGACAUCCUCGUGGCCACGCUGGUCAUUCCCUUCUCCCUGGCAAAUGAGGUCAUGGGAUACUGGUACUUUGGCAAGGUCUGGUGUGAGAUCUACCGGGCCUUGGAUGUCCUCUUCUGCACCUCCUCCAUUGUGCACCUGUGUGCCAUCAGCCUGGACCGCUACUGGUCCAUCACACAAGCCAUCGAGUACAACCUCAAGCGUACCCCGCGCCGCAUCAAGUGCAUUAUUUUUAUCGUCUGGAUCAUCUCGGCUGUCAUCUCCUUCCCACCGCUCAUCUCUAUUGAGAAGAGCGGGCAGCAGGCCGACCAGGGAGGGGCAGAGUGCAAGAUCAACGAAGAGAAGUGGUACAUCAUCUCCUCCUGCAUCGGCUCCUUCUUCGCCCCCUGCCUCAUCAUGAUCCUGGUGUACAUGCGCAUCUACCAGAUAGCCAAGAGGCGGACCAGAGUGCCGCCGAGCCGGCGAGCAGAGUGCCCUGAGAAGAAGCAGAAUGGCCUGGCUGACAAGGAGGACCUGCCAGCCACGGCCCAGCUCAACGGGGAGAAGGCCGCGGGAGGCAGCGGUGGGCAGGAGGGAGAGGCCAACGGCAUAGACAUGGAGGAGACCUCCUCCUCUGAGCACCAGGAGAACAACCAGUGUAAGAACUCUGACAAACCGUCGAGGGGCAAGGCCAAGACUAAAUUGAGCCAGGUUAAGCCUGGGGACAGUUUGCCCAGGAAGGCAGAGGAGGAGAGGAACACGAAAGGGUCCCGGUGGAGGGGCAGGCAGAACCGGGAGAAGCGCUUUACCUUUGUGUUGGCGGUGGUCAUUGGGGUCUUUGUCAUCUGCUGGUUCCCCUUCUUCUUCACCUACACACUGACAGCCGUCUGCAAGAGCUGCUCUGUGCCCACCACCCUCUUCAAGUUCUUCUUCUGGUUCGGUUACUGCAACAGCUCCUUGAACCCUGUCAUCUACACCAUUUUCAACCACGACUUCAGACGGGCGUUCAAAAGGAUCCUCUGCAGGAUAGAGAGGAAGAGGAUCGUUUGAGGAACUCUCCGCUACCAGCAGGACUAAAUGAUUCCAGACUGCGCAGGAGACUAAGGCAUGUGUCUCUCGAGCUGUGCUCGCAUGGGAUAGUUUCCUUCAGCUGGCAAGCUGGAAGCCGUUCAGACCCGAGAUGAGGCGGCCGAAACGCCGGGCAGCAGCGGCGAGGAGCAGCAGGCAAGUGGAAGUUGGAGCCGUGCCACUCGGCUUGCCAGGGAGGAUGGCUUUUGACUUGCUGGGUUAUUUUGUUAGGUUUUGGUUUGUUUGUUUGUUUUCUUUAGCCAGAGUCUCUCUGUGGAUAUUUUUGUGACUGCUCAGUUUGACUCUUUAGAGACAAAAUGAGUGACGUGCAGCUCAGCGAGAUGAACAACGGAGAGGGAGGAAACCACCUCGAAGGUGUUGGCUUUUUUAUGUUGCCGUGUAUUUUUUUAAUUAUUAUUUUCUGGAUGUGUAACUAAUUUUAAGCCCCUUGUAAAAUACAGAAUUGUAUCCCCAAAUCUGAAUGUCUUAAUUUUUCUAAGGAGGUAGCUCUGAAACUGUGGGUGCUUUAGCAAUCUUGGCCAUUUUAAAAGUUCUCCUUCCUCCUCCUCCUGCCCUCUCCCAGCCAAACAGUGAGGUCGUUCGCCCUGCCUGACAGUGUGAGAACAUUACUAGUAUUUCAAAUGCCCUGUUGUUUUUUUGGCUGUAAAUCUUCGACUCACAGGCCACGUGAUAUGUUUUUAUUUUUUAUAUC